CUUUUCUUUGGGGCCCGCCUCCCAGAGACGGAGGGACCGAGCGGGAGGAGCAGCCACGGGGCCCACCAGACGCCGGAGCGCAGAGGAGCCCGGACAGGUGGCCGGGAAAAGCGCGCCGCUCCUCGGAGCUACUGCAGCGGCGACGGCGCGGCCGGGCGGGAGUGGAGUCGGCGGCCGGCCCAGCGGGGCGGGGCUGCGUUCCUCACGGGCCCCAUGUGUCGCCUGGAUAAGCUUGACACCAGCAGCUCCCAGAAGCUCUUGAUGAAAACAGGACUCAUCCUGAUUGUCAUUGGUCACCUGAACUUCAUUUCAGGAGCCCUGGUCAAUGGAACGGUCUUGCGCCACAUUGCCAACCCUCAAGAUACCAUCUCAUUGCAGUAUGCCAUUUCUAACAUCAUUUUGGCUAUCUCAGCCGUCUUGACAAUAUCCUGUGGAAUAGCAGCCAUUGUGCUUUCCAGAUACCUCUCCCAAAAGUCACUGGGAUGGGCUGUUUUCUCCCUCAGCAUCAUCAGCAGCCUCCUCUCGCUCUUCUGCCUGGCGGGGCUGGCCGUGGCCAUCGGCCUGACCUUUGCCAACCGGGGCCACGCCCUUCUGUCUGUGUGCACUUUUGCCGACAUGGAGGUCAUUCAGAUCACCCACGAGUGCCCCUUCGAUCCCACACGGAUCUAUAGUUCUGCCCUGGUCCUCUGGGGGCUCUCCUUUCUCUUGGACUCCGUGGAGAUCCUCUUCAGCAUCCGUUGCUUUCUUCUCACUCUUACGGUCCUGAACCUGAAGCUCUGUCCCCGGAGGAGGAGGAAGCGCAAGAAAAAGAUCUCGCUGACGUUCAUCCCCGCUGAGAGCAGAGACGCCUGCGAGGGACGCGACCUGCUGAGGAUGGAGCGCUUGCGGGUUGUGACGCUGUAGAGGCCCAACGGGGUCGCUCAGGUGAGCCUGGCAGGCAAAACCCUCACGGACUCCUCCCGACUGUCCCUGGUCCCCAUCUGGCCUCGCUGACCGCUGGGAGGCCUGGAGCCUGCCGGGAGAGAUGACCAAGGCCUGCUGCUGCUCCUGCUGCUGGUUCCAGGCAAUGGACAGCCUUGUGUUUGUGCAUUUCUCCUGCUCACCCCCUGGAUGUUGUUUCCCGCUCUGACUUCUCGAAAGAGGCCGUGAGCUCUUCCUCCUCCUUCCUUCCGAGGCACACACAGGUGCGCCUACCCUCACCUGAGAUUCUCCUGGGAUGGCCAGGCCGGAGGUUGCAGCAUUGACCAGGACAUCUGGACGGGGACACCUGGCCGCUCUCCUCAGGGAGGGCCAAUGAUGCUC